AUGGAUGGCGACGGCGAACUCCCCUUCGAUUUCUUCUCGCAGACGGCGUCUUCCGGUGCUGCGGCGCACCACAUCGACGAGGACGGGUGGGGGAUGACGCCCCCUCGUCUCCGGGGAUCCGCCGGUCGCGGCUUGGUGGCAGGGGGGCUCGGCCGCGGCUCGGUGGCCGGGGGGCUCCGCGCUCCCAUCGGGCUGGAGAACAUCGACCUCAACGCCGACUCCGCCGUCGCCGCCUCCUACCCCAACAUGGGCAUGUACACUCAACUUUUUCAUCAGGGGAGUGCGGCCGUCUGGACAAUUUUGAUUUUUUAUGUAUGUACAUUUUUUCUUGUGCUUUUCGUGAGGAAUAGUCUGGUGCUUGUGUUGCUUGCGUGA